UGACAAUCCCUCAUUCCUCAAAAAACUCAAGGCGGAUAAGGAGUUUCGGCAAAAGGUGAUGCUUGGAACACCAUUCUUGGUGAUUUGGCUGGUUGGUUUUAUAGCUGAUCUUGACAUUGACUCCUGGUUAAUUAAAGGUGUUAUGUACGGUGGAGUUUGGGCAGUGGUGCAAUUCCUAUCAAAGUCUUUCUUUGAUCACUCCAUGCAUAGUGCACUUCCUCUUGGGAUUUACCUGGCAACCAAGUUCUGGAUGUAUGUCACCUGGUUCUUCUGGUUUUGGAAUGAUUUAAACUUUGUGUACAUCCAUCUUCCCUUCCUGGCUAAUAGUGUGGCCUUGUUCUACAAUUUUGGCAAAUCUUGGAAAUCUGAUCCUGGAAUCAUCAAAGCCACAGAAGAACAAAAGAAAAAGACAAUAGUAGAGCUUGCUGAAACUGGCAGCUUGGAUCUAAGCAUAUUCUGCAGUACUUGUUUGAUAAGGAAGCCAGUGAGGUCUAAGCAUUGCGGCAUUUGUAAUCGCUGUAUAGCAAAAUUUGACCAUCAUUGUCCUUGGGUCGGCAACUGUGUAGGUGCAGGAAACCAUCGUUAUUUCAUGGGAUACCUGUUUUUUCUGCUUUGCAUGAUCUGCUGGAUGAUCUAUGGUUGUAUUUCAUACUGGGGAAUACACUGUGAAACAACGUACAGUAAGGACGGCUUCUGGACAUAUGUUACACAAAUUGCUACCUGUUCCCCAUGGAUGUUCUGGAUGUUCCUUAACAGCGUGUUUCAUUUAAUGUGGGUGGCUGUGUUACUGAUGUGUCAGAUGUACCAGAUAUCUUGCUUGGGUAUUACAACAAAUGAACGGAUGAACGCCAGGAGAUAUAAACACUUCAAAGUCACAACCACAUCCAUCGAAAGCCCUUUCAACCAUGGAUGUAUCAGAAAUAUCAUAGACUUCUUUGAGUUCAGAUGCUGUGGCCUCUUCCGCCCUGUUGCUGUGGACUGGACAAGGCAGUACACAAUAGAGUAUGACCAAACAUCAGGCUCAGGUUACCAGCUGGUGUAG